AUGCCCAAAACAUUAUCCACAAAAGUAACCCCAAGUGAGAAUUCUGACAGUGACUGCAACAUCAUGGUAGAGAAACAAACAGGAAGAAAGAAUAAGGAGAAAAUCACAUCCUUCACCCGAACGCCUAAGUUGGACAGGAAUGAAGUUGGAAAAGAAAUGAAAGAAAAAUCUUCAAUGAAAAGAAAACUACCCUUCACAAUCAGCCCACCUAGAGAAGAAGAGAGAGAUUCUGACACAGAUUCUGAAGCAGGACACACAAGUGAAAACUGGGGCGAACGAUUAACGUCCUCUUACAGCACAUAUGCAGAGAAAGAUGGACCAGAGAAAAAGAAAGUAAAGAAAGAGUCCGGAAAUAAGAAAUCUACCCCGGUUAACAUCCUCUUUGGUUACCCGUUAUCUGAACGCAAACAGAUGGCACUUCUCAUGCAAAUGACUGCCAGGGACAACAGCCCAGACUCUACUCCAAAUCAUCCUUCGCAAGCAACACCAACUCAAAAGAAAAACCCCCACAUCUUCCACAAGGCAGAAGGACAAAGUUAAUAAAAGAAAUGAACGUGGAGAAACUCCUUUGCAUAUGGCAGCUAUACGAGGAGACCUUAGUCAAGUGAAAGAGCUCAUUCGUCUUGGUGCAAAUGUAAAUGUUAAAGAUUUUGCAGGUUGGACACCACUGCAUGAAGCUUGUAAUAUGGGGUGUUAUGAAGUUGCUAAAGUUUUGAUUGCUGCCGGAGCUGAUGUGAAUACCCAGGGACUGGAUGAUGACACCCCUCUUCAUGAUGCAUCCAGCAGUGGCCACAGAGAUAUUGUGAAAUUACUACUUCGACAUGGUGGCAAUGCGUUCCAGGCCAAUAAACAUGGAGCACGUCCCAUUGAUGUGGCUGACUCUGAGGAACUAGAGCAGCUACUAAAACAAGAAAUUCCCCUUUCUGAUGAUGAGGAAAGUUUACAGGACUCUGAGGAGCCCCAAUUUACUAAUCUCUCCAGUGUAGAUGAAAACUUAGAUUCAGAGGGCGAAAAGGAGCCCAUGAUUGAGAGCAAGCAUGCCACUGCCAAGGGGACACCUUGCACUUCAGGACUUGAUGAGUAUGAAUUUAAAGAUGAUGAUGAUGGUGAAAUGGGCAAAAUGGUGGAAGAAAAGCAUGUGAUUAGGAAUGAGAUUAACAAAGAGUGCUCUGAAGGGAGCGAGAGUUUCUUUGUCAAGAAAGAUAAAAUAGAUUUUCCAAAACUAUAUAAAAAUAGAAAACCAAAACCAUCCCGCCUAUUGUUCACAAGCUCCGAUAGCUCAGAUGAUGAUUUGCUUCCUGAAAAAGUGAGCCUUGCUACUGAAAGCCUAAGUUCUGACAUCCGACACAGAAAAGAGUACAAUGUUCUACAUGAGCAAAAGGAGAAGGGCAAAGUCAAGAAAAAAGUGAAGAAUCAAAGUAAAAACAAAGAGAACAAAGAAUUGAAACAGGAAAAGGAUAAGAAAGAAAAUGUUAAAGUAGUGAACAUAGUGAUGAACUCUGCUUUGGAUUCGUUAGAAAAAUCAAGAGAUGAAGAGGUGUUUAGGAAAUCUCUGUGUACAAAAGAUGAGGGGUCCUUACAUUUGUUUCAGAUAACCCCUGGCAAAUCUCCCAAGCACACAUUCACUUUUGUUGAUAAGCAAUCAACACCACUAAAACAAGACAACACUAAAAUGUGCGUUUCACCACCUGGUGGAUCCGAAUCAUCAUUACAAGCAGAAAUCUUCCGUUUCGAUCAGAGCCCUGACUCAGAAUAUGCACUGGAAAGCUCAAGCAGCACAAUUUCCAAAUACAAGGAAAAAAGUAAACAUGCAAAAGACUUUUUUAAUGAAUAUGGUGGUGACAGGGCUGCAGUUAAAAGCAAAGAAGAUGACAAAAGCCCUUCCUUUGAAACAGCAGAAUUUGUUGCAAAGAAAGACAAGGAAGGCAAAGUAUUAAAAAAGCACAAAGUAAAGCAUAAAGAUCGGGAAAAAGACAAAAAUAAAAAAGAGCUAGAUGUGGAAAAGGAUAAAAGCAAACACAGAGAUAAUAAAAACACACAAAGAAAUAUAGAGUUUGACCGAGAAUUCUGGAAGGAGAACUUUUUUAAAAGUGAUGAAAAUGAUGAAGAAUUUUUGAGCAUAGAAUCCAAAAACCCAUCUCCAGAUAAAAAAGGCAAGUUGGAAAAACCACAAGCAAAAGAAGAUAAAACAAAAGAGAACCAUGACCACAAAGAAAACACUAAAGAGCUUGAGGAGACCAUAAAAAAAGAAAGGGAUACUAAUAUUUUUCCAGAAAAAGAAAGCAGAGAGAAGUCUGAAAAGAGACUAGCACUUAAAGAAAAGGACAUUGAUAAGUUGGAUAAAAAAUGCGCAGACAAAGAGAAGAAAUCAAAAGAUCACAAAGCAGAGAAAGAGAAGAUAGACAUACAUGACCACAUAGAAAAAUGCAAACCACAUUUACAAUCCGUACAGAAGGAAAAUGAUAAACUAAGAAAUGUUUCAACCAGCAAAGAAAAGUCCAAAGACAAACCUGAGAAGAAACUUGAGAGGAUUGAAAAGGAUAAGCAUUUGAGUGAGCAGAAAGUUUCUCCUGAUAAAAAAAUUAAACAAAUGGAAAAAGAUCUGGAAUCAAGCAAAUCUGACAAAGGUAAACGCAAAGAACGGGAUUAUCGAAAGAAGGAAAAAUCUAAAGAAGGAGAUUGUUUCACAGGAACAAGUAUAAAGCACAGCCAGGAGGAUCGGAAACCAAGUAGCACAGAAAACAACAAGGUAUUGCAUGAACGGCUGUCAUUAGUAAGGGAAAAAUCUAAAGAGGAGCAGCAAAAAAUGGCUGAAUAUAAAGAAAAAGACCGCAAAGACAAGGAAAAGGAUAUAGAUAGAUAUAAAGAACGAGAUAAGCAUAAAGACAAAACACAAACAAAUAUAUUGAAAGUAAAACCUAAAGAGUCUGAGCCAGAAAAGAGUAAACCCAAAUUACAACUACUCAAAGAUACCCGACCAAAAGAGAAAAGAUUAGUGAAUGACGAUCUAAUGCAAACUAGUUUUGAGCGAAUGCUUAGUUUGAAAGACCUUGAAAUUGAACAGUGGCAUAAAAAACAUAAAGAAAAGAUCAAACAAAAAGAGAAGGAGAGGCUGAGACAUCGAAAUAGUACUGAAUUGAGUAAACUUAAGGAAAAAGAAAAGCAGAGACAUUCGCUCACACCAUCUAAAAACAAAGAGUUAAUGAGAUCAAAAAGUUCAGAGAUGUCAGACUCUGGCCCUAAAGAUAAAAUGCUAAAGGAUGCCACAAGCUGCAGAUCACAGUCAGUUGAUGGAAAAAAUGUGUCACAUCCUGGAAAAACGCUUUUAAUAUUGGAAAACAAUAGCCUAGCUAGGUCUCCUCGGUCAGAGAGUGAAAAAACUGGUCUAAGUUCUCGAUCUAUAUCAAUGAUAUCAGUUGCCAGUUCUGAAGACUCUUGUCAUGCUACUGUGACCACACCAAGGCCUACUAUUGAAUAUGAUUCAGACUUUGCCCUUGAAGGUUCAGAUUCUCAAAUGUCUUUCUCUCAGUCCCCUUUUCUAUCCACUGCUAAAUCACCAGCUGUUCAUGACAGAGAGCUGGACAGCCUUGCUGAGCUACCUGAUCGUGUUAAGCAACCUGUGUCAAACAGACUUCUCCCAGGUUACCUCAGGUCAGUGUCUGUAGAGGAUACUAAAUUGGCAACCAGUGAAUGCAGGCCAGUUGUAGAAGUUAGAAGAUGCAGCAUGCCAGCUGCUUUUGUUGAUCAAGUUAGGCCCUCCCCUACAAUUUUAGAAAGCACUUUACAAAAACUACAUCAGUUGCUCCAUCAGUGCCUAGCAGCUGUAUGUCUCCAAAAAUAG